GUGAUACAUGGUGAUUUAAUUUUAGUCGAAUGGCAUUAAUUAAUACUGUGCAAACUCUUACCCCUAUUCCAUAUCCCCUGCGCAAAUGAAGAGCAUCUAUAAAGUCACCAACAGAGGUCCCCAUCACCCACCGUGAAAGAAAUAUCUGGCUCUUAUCUGACUCCAGUAUAGAGUCAGACAAGGCUAAAUUUCCACUCGUCCAGGGGCCCCAGAAAUCCCAGGUUUGCUCCAUAUCAUUUGUGCCAACAUAAUCUGAAUCAUUGCAAAUUAGAAUGUCUACAAUGACAGUUCCUCCACCCCCCAUCUUGUAGCUUUGUCUUGUAGAGGGAAAAGAAAAAAAGAUCAAAUUUUAGGAUCUUCAUUCUUUGAGUUUAUAAUUAGCAGAGUUGUCUUUUAUCAACUUGCUUCUGUUUUUCUUUCUGUCAAAUAAUUAAGACAUGGAAGUCCAAUAUUCCCUCUCUCUUAGCUCCGUUUUUGGUCUCUACCAAUUCCUGAGGGAAAUAUCUGGCUCUUUAGCUGCUAAAUGCAAUUCCCGUCGGUCCUCUGCCUUGAUAAAGCCACGUAGAGUCACUUUCCUGUCUUAUUGCCUCUGUGCAGCCGUCACCAUGACUGUGGUGCAUUCCGGACCCGACCCCCUAUAUUAACCGAACAGCGACAGGGUAAGGUCGUGUUAUUUCGAUAACACAUAUACUAAAAUUGGAACGAUACAGAGAAGAUUAGCAUGGCCCCUGCGCAAGGAUGACACGCAAAUUCGUGAAGCGUUCCUCAUUUUUCAGAGAUAUCUUUUUCAAGAUUUUAACUAUAGUCGGUUUUCACGUCAAAAACCGAAAAAAACUGAGAAACUGGCCCGUUUUUCCAGUGUCCGUAACAUUGUGUAAGAAACUGCAGGUUUUUUUUGGUGCGGUGUAAUGUUUAUUUUCCAAUUUUUUCCUUGCGUUGUGACUGAAAUCAAUGGAGAGGGUGAACCGGAAGUCGAAGUAAACCGUCAAAAUAAAAAUGAAAUGUUUGCGAACUUUACUAUCAGGAGAACGAGGCAUUUCGCGGAUGAAUUGCAUAUAGCUUCAGAUUAAGGUAAAGUUAGUUAGUGUGAUACAUGGUGAUAUUAUUUUAGUUUAAUAGCAUUAAUUAAUACUAUGCAAACUCUUACCCCUAUUCCAUAUUCCCUGCCAAAAUAAAGAGCAUCUAUAAAGUCACCAACAGAGGUCCCCAUCACCCACCGUGAAGGUUAUAGCAUUGACAUGGUUUAAAUAACAGUAAUAAUAAUUAUAACUACAUUCCUCUAUCAUGACAUGUGACUAUUUUGCUAGUACUAUCUGAUAUUACGUGUACACUUUCACAGUAACAGUCUGACCUGUAUUGUAGAUAGUUUUGCUUAUGUUUGUUUAGCUUGAUAUCUUUGAGCGGUAGAAGUAUUCAGAUCAUAUAAAAGUAAUACUAUCACAGUGUAGAAAUAGCAGGAUUCACGGUUUGUUAACUGAUUUAAUGUAAUUGGAUUCAUUGGGGAUUUUGAUCAUGACUUUGCACCCAGCAGCAUAUCUUUCUGCAGAUCCUCUUGGUCAUAUCUGUUUCUCCUCGAGAAAAAAAAAAAAUCCAAUAGGCUAACCACAAUAUUUGUACUUAAUUCCAGAAAGACUAUGUCUUUGUGUAAUUUGUAAUAUCUUACCUGAAUAAUCCCAUAUCUCAUCAAUUUUGGAUUAAUAAUAAGAUAAAAGAGGUGUCUUUUAGAGUCAUUCCUUGGUAUUAACGCUGAGGUCUUUUUUUUUGUUUUGUUUUUUUUUUACAAAGAAGUGCAAAGAUCUAUUCCCAUUCUCACAACUUUUGGCGAGAUGUCAGUUAAUUUUUUCCUCAACAGACUGGCAUAUAGAUUCACUAAUUACUCCAUGCUAUGUUAAAUCCAGGCUAUAUCAUUGUUGGCAAAAACACACAUCCCUAUAUGUCACUUUUCAUUUUUUUUUUCAGUUAACUUUCCCUUCUACACAUGCAAACCAAACUCCCUUUGCCUUUCAGCCCCGCCAACAAUAAUGAUGUCACACUGAUAAGAAAAUAAAUAACAAUGACUAUCAAGUAACAGGUAGUGUUGUUGAAAGAUUUUGGGAUUUAAAACUUGUAGUGGUUCCAUGAAGACAAAUGGAAAUACAAGUCAGUGCCUAAAUGUCCAACCUUCAUGCAAAUGAUGCGGUACUUACCUUAUGAAAUGUGUGUAUUUCAAAAUACUUAUAUGUAACACUCUUGGCCACUGUGUGUCAUUGUGAUGUAUGAUCAUCUGUAUCAAUACCUGUCUUCGUUUGUUGUUGUUGUUAUUUGCAGUAAUAAUAAAAACGAAUAAAUAAAGUAAAGAAAAAGACCCCGCCGUACUGCUCCGUACUAACUCGGUGAUCUCCGUCGGUCACAUGACCCUCGCUUUGCGGUUUGCUACGUGAGGACAUUGGCCCAUCCUGGAAAAUUAGUCCCUUUUGCCGAAUCGCCAGACUAUCGCGGUGCCGUAGAGCAGACGUCAGUGUCUUGACCUUGACGGAUUGGUCAUCACGCAGAAGAGGUCUGUUCCUGCUUCAGGUCGGUGGAAACAAAACCGGUUGUCCUGCAUCAUGAGUCAGCGGACGGAGCGACGGGGGAUACAUGUCGACCAAUCAGACCUGCUGUGCAAUAAGGGAUGCGGCUACUAUGGCAACGCAGCAUGGCAGGGUCUGUGCUCCAAGUGCUGGAGGGAGGAGUACCAGCGGGUACGGCAGAAACAGAUCCAGGACGACUGGGCCUUGGCAGAAAAGUUGCAACGAGAGGAGGAGGCAGCGUAUGCAAGUAGUCACGGAGUGCAGACCCAGUCCCACGCCCAGUCCACAGCACCACACCCAGGACACGCCUCUCUAGGUCCCUUUUCCAAGUUUGAGGAAAAGAAAACCAAUGAGAAGACGCGAAAAGUGACCACCGUUAAGAAGUUCUUCAGCCCUUCAUCACGCACUGCUCCCAAGAAAGAAACCCAAGAGGGCAAGACAACCAGUCCAUCCAUCAGCCGCCAUGCUAGCUUCGAUACAGAUCAGGUGUCCAAGGAUUUUGUGGACUUCUUGAAAAACCUCCAGAAGCCCGGCCGGGAGAUCCAUAAGCAGUGUCGAGCCUUCAUAGUGAACAUGUCGAGCAAGAAGGACCUCAGUGCUGAUGAACUCUCGGAGUGUGUUCAGGAUUUCUACCAGAGCAUGGCCGACCGCUUGAUGAGUCACUUUAAAGGCUCUUCGGAUUCUGUGGAGCAGGUGAUGGACCAGGUGGAAAAGUACAUCAUGACUCGUCUGUAUAAGAGUGUGUUCUGUCCAGAAACCACUGAUGAUGAGAAGAAGGAUUUGACCACACAGAACAGGAUCAGGGCUUUACACUGGGUGACCAUCCAGAUGCUCUGUGUGUCUAUGGAUGAAGAAAUCCCCGAAGUCUCUGAGAAUGUAGUCAAAGCAAUAACAGAUAUCAUUGAGAUGGACUCGAAGAGGGUUCCUCGGGAUAAACUUGCGUGCAUCACACGCUGCAGUAAACACAUCUUCAGUGCCAUUAGGAUCACCAAGAAUGAACCGGCCUCUGCUGACGACUUUCUCCCUGCACUCAUUUACAUUGUGCUCAAGGCUAACCCUCCACGGCUUCAGUCCAACAUCCAGUACAUCACCCGCUUCUGUAACCCCAGCAGGCUGAUGACCGGAGAGGACGGAUACUACUUCACCAACUUGUGCUGUGCAGCGGCCUUCAUCGAGAAGUUAGACGCUCAGUCUCUCAACCUUUCCCCGGAGGAAUUUGAGCGCUACAUGUCAGGCCAAGCUUCGCCACGAUUAAGCAGCUCAGAGGGUGAAUGGCCCCAGACUGGCUCGGCACUUGGCGUGACUGCCACCAACCCAGUCCUGGCUCAGCUCAAUCACAAUCUGGAGCUGCUGUCGGGCCUCAGUAGCAAGCAGGAGAGGCUGAUGGAGGCUGCGCAGAGCCUGCAGGCCGACCUCCUCUCCUGGCCCGAGAAUGUACAGCGGGAGGUGCACGACAUCCUGGAGAAAUACCCUCUGGAGAUUUUGUCUUGCACAGUUUCUGCCAUCGAUGCCAACAACAUGGACAACGACAACCUACCACCACCCCUCACGCCCCAGGUAUUCGCUGGGUAGUGGAGUCUACAAAGGGAGGAAAAACCUUUCACAUACAGCCAAAAUACUCCUGCUUUAAAAAGUUGGCUUAUUGCCUUUGUUUUGAGUUUGAUUGUAACAUCACACAUGCACAAAUCUCCUGUAUAGUUGGGAGCCUCAUCUUGCUAAGCUUCUCCUGCACCUUAAAGGCUCGGGCAAUAUAUUUGCUGCCCACCAAUUUCCCUCAUUCUGAGUGUGUAAAUGUAUCCACUAUAUAAUGCCCUCAGAAAAUACACAAUGGAGAGAAAAAAGUAGGGUUUCACUAUUGUUGUGUAUUUCAUAGAAAUGACUGUCGAGCGGCUGUACGGCUGACCGUGAUCACGCAAAAUGCUGAUGAUUUGUAAGUGUCUGAAAAUCGCAGAUUCACUGCUCGCUAAUAAGUAAACUAUUUAGUGUAGGGCUGCAACUAACAAUUAUUUUUAUUAUUAAUUAAUAGUUUCGUCUAUAACAUGUCAGAAAUGGUGAAAAACGGCCAUCACAACUUCCCAAAGCCCAAGGUGCACCUUCAGAUGUCUUAUUUUGUCCGACCAACAGUCCAGAACCCGAGAUUUUCCCUGUAGCUUGACUAAUUGAUCAAUCGUUGCAGCUCUAAUUGAGUGUCCAGGGAGUAGUGGAGGAGUGGACGAAGGAGGGAUUUCAGACACAGCCAUGGUCUCAGCAGCGUUUAGAAAGGCGAUAUUUCACAGAGAAAUCAGUUCAUUUCAAUGGAAUCACAGCGAUCGGUAGAUUUGCUCUCAGGGACAAAAUUAAUCUGCACUAAAUCUUUCAUGUCAGUUUCAACUGUGGUAACCUGGGACAUGCAGAUUAGCGCUGUUGACCAAUAGCAACGUCAUCCUGAUAGUGCCAACCUUCAUGGGAAAACCAUCUACUAUCAUUUAAUUCUCCUCCGUUGGAGUAUAAACUCGCACAAGAGGAAUGUUUUUCAUCAGUUAUGAGACGGGAGACAACGGUACAAAUAAAUUUCUUGAAUAAAAAGUGAGACCCUGCUGUUUCAUUAGUGACAGAAAGAGAGGGAAGCUUGUGAAGCUAUUGUCACUGACUAACAUGCUAGCUGUUACUCAACAGCUACAGUAGUUCACCAACUAGCACGGGAAGGGACUAACUGUAUUUGCAGUCAAAUAGAAAAUAGCCAAUAAUUCUUUCCUGUAGUGUGUCAGGUGUGAAAGAAAUACUCGGCUGAUUCACUUAAAAAAAAUACAACCUGGUUGACGUUACAUAAGGUGAAGUUGAUGUUAGCCUGUUGGAGAUGCUAACAUUUAUGUUAGCCCUAUAAAAACUAUAUGAAGCAGAUUAUGAUAUAACAUAUCCUUUGGAAUAAAACUGAAAACGCAAACCUCUCGUGUCAGUUAGUGACAGUGUUUGAUUUGAAUGAAUUAUUUGCGCCUUAAUUCGAAACAUAUUCCUCAGUAUUUUUUUUUACUUCUUCCCGCUCAGGAUAAAAAACGUAACGGUACGGUUUCAACCACAAAAUCACCAUAUACAACAAGCCAAUCCUUAAUAUCUGACAAAUAUUUAAUAGCACGAUUAAGUCAGAUCCUAUUUCAUUAUUUUUUCCUCACUUUGCUAAUGUUAAAAUGCUGGUUGUAUCUAGUUACAAACACCCAAGUUACAUUUGCACAGUUACAAUUGACGAUUCCAUUCUUUGUGUGGCUUUCUUGGACUUUUAUUUCACCUAUGAUUUUUACACAGACGUGAUCAUCUCAUACUGUUGAGGUGUGAUCGGGCGUUUGUGGCUGCCAAAUCUUCUGAAAGGCCCUCAGCUCCCACUGCUCCUCUUUCAUCACAGCUGCUGAAUUGUCAUUGUUUUCAAUUUUAGACACCUCGGUUUCCACGCAAAUCUGGCUUUGAACGACAAGUUGAAAACACGCUCCAGUAUAAACAUCAGGAUGUGGUGGCGUGUUUGUGUUUUGUUUUUGAGGCCAGUUCAACUUGUCAGUAUAGCAGCGUGAUCCCAGUUUAAGCUAUUUUGUGUGGAGCUGUUUUAUGUGUCUGUUAUGGAGUUUGUUGAACAGCUGCAACUGAAACCCAGCAGUUAGAAGAAACACAGAACCACUCUGGAGCAAGUCUUGUCAUUGUCAAUUAUGAAAUUAACUUCAAGACGCCGUUUGGUUUUAUUUUUAGUUUUUACAAAACCACUAUAUGUUUUAAAACUGUACUGUGUUUUUAGAAUGAACUGUAUUUGCAGGCGAAUAUGCAAGCAUUCUGCAUAUUCGCCUCUAUAAUGAAUGAUUUAGUUUGUCAUUUUUUGAUGUGUUUGAUGUGUUUGAUUUUUGUUUGAUCUCUGGUUGAAACACUGCUGCCCUACUACAAUUUUUUUUUCAGUGCUAUCACACUGCACAACAUCACUAUUAAUCCUGGCAGAGGGACAACUUUACAUAUAAAAGCCUAUAAAAUUAGAUUACUGUUAUUUACAAUACUUACUCAACUGCAAAGAGAAGUAAAACUCAGUUUGUCGUGUGGGGUUUAACAAAUCCAGAUGGCAGGAUGUUAGCUAGCCAAAAUUAUUUUGUUAAUUCUUUUAGCCAGCUUGUUUUUUUUUUUUUAACAUCAGUUGUUGGAUUGACUUUUUAAAAUCUAAAAUUAAAUUAUGUGAAAGACCAAAGCACUCUUAUUUUAAAAUAAAUGCACUAUGAGUAGAGAGUCAGAACCACAAGUAUGAAACAUAUGAUUUGGACUUACGACUGGCUGUUGACGACACUCUCUUUCUUUCUUUUUUCUUUCUUUCUUUUUAAAAUUGAUUUAAAGUUGAGGAACCACUUUAAAGAAUAAGUCUGGUGAUGUUCUGUAUUUUUAUGACUAAGACCAAAACCGUCAAUGAAUUGAUCCUAAUGACAAGUAUUUUGUUUGUAGCCAAAGCCUGAUAUAUUUCAGUCCUUUGUGCCAUAGAGCUCUAUUGUUGUCCAAAAACUAUUACAGCCACACUGUUGCUCUGGGUGACAUGUUCCUCCAUUACCAGUAAAAAAAAAAAAAAAAGCAAAUAUGUAUUAAUCUGUGGCUGUAAAUAGUCCCCAAAAAUUCACAAUUUACUCCUGCUUGAGUGAUGUUUGCUAAAACCUACAGUGCCCAGCUAUUUUAGAAAAAGGUUAAGCCUUUUUUAAAAACUGAAAACUACAUAUUUGUGAGCCAUUUUUAAAGAUUUAUGUCUUCCAUAGAAACCAGUGAGCUAAGUUGGGGCUGGGUCAGGGUAGAUAGGGAACUAACGCGUUCUUGGUUUUGGUCCUUUCAAGGGAUUUGUUGACGAUAAGAAAAAUUCGGAACAACACCAGCCUUAUCCUUCAAACAUAUUCUUAAAUGUGAAAUAAAAAGCUACCAAAAUCUCACACAUUUCAUGUUUAUGAUAUAAUAACAUUUCAUACAGUUAAGUGGUUAAUGACAAAGUGUCCAUCAAAAUUUCACAAUGAAAUGACUUUUUGAAUUUUUUCUGGACUUAUUUGGUAAAAAAUUGGGCUAAAUUAAACUAGAAGCUUCAAUCUUCUUUAGACAAAAUUACAAAUAUUUAAUAAUGCAGUUAAAGAUGCAUGAGUGCACAAACGUGGAUGAUGCCAUUUGUUGGGAAAUUAUAUAAAUAAUAAUUAUUGCAUUUUUGUUUUGAGUGAAAUAAAGAAGGAAGUAAAACGUAAA